AUGUUCAGGGAGAUGGUGCUUCACAUUAAGAGGGACACUUUCUGGCUGCUUCCUGCCCUGCUCUUAAUACUGCUCCUGCAGCUUCCUGCUUCUGUGUGCAGGACAGAGGAGUCCCUCUGCUUCCACAAAAUCAGCCCCAGCCUUAGCAGAGAUGGGGACCUGGUGAUUGGAAGCUUUCUCCCUCUAUAUGCAGUGAAAGUCAGUGAUGUCACGGGAGCAGAGUUUUUUACAAGUCAGCCUAACAAAGACUGUAGGAAUUAUCAGUGGCUCCAUAAAAACUACCAGCAGGCCAUGACUAUAAGAUUUGCUGUGGAGGAGAUCAACAGGGACCCUGUUCUGCUGCCCAACAUUUCUCUGGGAUUCCAGGUCUACAAUGCCUACCACAGUGAUGAGAGGACCUUGGAGAGCUCCCUGCGGUGGUUAACAGGAGAGGGUCAGCUAGCCCCUAACUACAGAUGCAGAGGGCAGGACAAGUCUGUGGCUGUCAUCGGAGGAGCCACAUCAGCUCUGUCUGUGCAGUUGGCGACUCUCCUUGAGCUCUACAAGUUCCCACAGCUCAGCUUUGGCCCUUUUGAUCCGAUCCUGAGUGACAAGGCCCAGUUUCCUUCUCUCUACCAGAUGGCUCCCAGGGACUCCUCCUUACCCCGAGGUGUAGUCCAGUUAUUAGUAUAUUUUAAAUGGACCUGGGUAGGUCUGGUGACUACAGAUGAUCUCAGGGGUGAGGAAUUCCUUCAGGCAGUGACAGGGGAGAUGGCAAAGUAUGAUGUCUGUGCAUCCUUCACAGAGAAGAUCCCUGUCAGCGAAAGACGACAUGAAGAAUCAGAAGUAGGUUUCAUGCCCAGGAUAAUAGCAUCUUCAUCCAGAGUAGUUGUCAUUCAUGGUGAUACAGACUCAUUAAUGGUUUUGAGAUAUUCACAAUCACACUUUUUCCCAGCAUAUAAGGUGUGGAUUGCCACUUCUCACUUGGACAUCACCAUGAGGCCCAGCUCUGCUGGUAGUUACAAUUUCUAUGGAGCUCUCACUUUUACAUACCUAACCAGGGAGGUCCCUGGUUUUAAGUCUUUUCUCCGGUCAAUCGAUCCUAAUAAAGACCCAGAAGAUAUUGCACUUAAGGACUUCUGGUUGUCAGCUUUCUGGUGCCAGGAUGAAUAUCAAAAGCUGGAGCUGGAGCAGUGUGCACCAAACACUACCUUGGAGGCUUUGCCUAUAUUCCUUUUUGACAUGACCAUGUCUGGCCUGAGUUACACCAUCUACAAUGCAGCGUAUGCUGUGGCUUGGGCCCUUCAUGAAAUGCUUCUGAGGAAAUCAGAGAAUGCAUCUGGGGAAGCUGGAGAAAGCUGGGUGCCUCCUCCUUGGAAGCUCCACUCCUUUCUGAAGGACAUUCAGUUUAACAACAGUGCUGGUGACCAGGUGUUUAUGGAUGAGAAAAGAAGUUCUGAGGCUCAAUAUGACAUUAGGAAUUAUGUUUUCUAUCUUAAUGAUACUGAAUUCCUGCUAAAAGUGGGCCAAUUUAUACCCAACACUCUACCUGGUCAAGAUGUCACCAUGUGUGAGGAAGCCAUCCACUGGGGAUGGAUACAUUCAAAGGUCCCCCAAUCUGUGUGCAGUAACAGCUGUGGCCCUGGAUACAGGAAGAUAGCUAAGGAGGGAGAGCCUGUCUGCUGCUUCAGCUGUAACCAGUGCCCAGAGGGAGAGAUUUCCAAUCAAAUUGAUGUGGACCACUGUGAGAAAUGCCCAGAAGAUGAGUAUGCAAAUAAGGACAGAGAUCACUGCUUCCCCAAGUUUGUGACCUUCCUGGAUAUUGCAGAACCUUUGGGGAUAAUUUUGGCAUUGAUGGCUGUUUCAUUCUCUCUCCUGACAGCCCUGGUUCUCUGGGUGUUUGCAAAAUUUCGAGACACUCCCAUAGUCAAGGCCAACAACCGGUCUCUCAGCUAUACUCUCCUUGCCUCCCUUACUUUCUGUUUCCUCUGCUCCUUGCUCUUCGUUGGCCGUCCCACUGCAGCCACCUGCCUCCUCAGACAAACCACUUUUGGAGUUGUCUUCACUGUGGCUGUGUCAUCUAUUUUAGCAAAAACUAUUGUGGUAGUUCUGGCCUUCAGGGCUACAAGACCAGGGAAUAGAAUUAGGAUAUGGGUGCAAUCUAGGGUGUCCAACUCUGUUGUCCUCAUCUGCUCUGGCAUUCAAGUGAUUCUUUGUGGCAUCUGGCUGGGAACUUCUCCCCCCUUCCCAGACAUCGACCCAUACUCUGAACAUGAUCACAUCAUCAUUCAAUGUAAUGAGGGUUCUGAUAUUGCCUUUCACUGUGUCCUGGGUUACAUAGGUUUCCUAGCUCUGGGGAGCUUUACUGUGGCUUUCCUGGCUAGAAGCCUGCCUGACACCUUCAAUGAAGCCAAGUUCAUCACAUUCAGUAUGUUGGUGUUCUGUAGUGUGUGGGUCUCCUUCCUCCCCACAUACCAGAGCACCAAGGGCAAGGCCAUGGUGAUUGUAGAGAUAUUUUCCAUUUUGGCCUCCAGUGCUGGGUUACUGGGCUGCAUUUUUAUUCCUAAGUGUUAUGUGAUCCUGCUGAGACCAGAAAUGAACACCCAGGAAGAGAUAAAGAAAAGGAUCAGCUCUAAGUGCUGA